GCCAUUGAACGCUUCUGGGCACAACUCUGGAACAAGACACUGCGACAAACACCGAAGUCUCCCGCAGCAGCUUCACUCCAGCCCGACCUACCGCACAUUACAACCAAGCCUAAACUCACUAAGAAAAGCUUUGUUGCAAAACCAAUGAUGGAGAAACAGAGACAGAAGUGGAGACAGGUGCCUCACCAUCAACGACCAAGCCCUGCUAAGCACCGCUAUCCCCUUGCGCCACAGUUAACCAGAGACUAUCCACACAUGCACCGCUCCUUCCCUCGGAUGGCCCUCAAGCAACGUACCCUGAGGAAGCCAAGCAAU